AUGAAAAUCGCCUUAUUGGGGGAUCUGCAACUCGGACGUCUUGUAAACGACAAACUCGCCUCCCUCCGCAAACGAUAUCCAGUUUCGCCGGCUCAAGAUAAUCUGGCGCGUUCCACCCUCUAUGCCCCACCACUUCACAGCGAGUUGGCAGCAACCGAUUUUUUGAUUGGAAAUUUAGAGUGUGCUGUGACGACCUCGAUUUCCGCCUGGCCCGGCAAGACCUUUCAUUUUAAAGUAUCCCCUUCUGAGCUUGGUCGGGGCCUUCCCGACCAUCCCAGGGUACAUGUCAGCAUUGCCAAUAACCAUGUCCUGGACUAUGGCUACAGCGGCAUGAGGGAAACGCUACAAACACUAACAGAAAUGGGAAUAUCGCACGCUGGAGCUGGUAUUUCCAAAGAAGACGCAUUGCAGCCAGCAUUUGUGGAUGUGAUCCAAGGAAAUGACACCUACAAGAUUGCAUUGUUUUCCAUUUCGGAUCAUCCUGCAGAAUGGGCGGCAUGUGGAACACAGGAGACAACCAGGGGGCCCCAUACUCAUCCAGUUAUUUAUGGGGCACGCACUUCUUCCGAUCACGGAGGAAUCUUUCAUUUGGAUUUCGACACAUUUCCUCCAAUACCCGCGGAUUCGUUUCGAAUGCUGCAGUCAGCACUUGAGGAUGCUAGGUCGCAGGCCGACAUGGUUGUGGUAUCCCUGCAUUGGGGUCCAAAUUAUCAAUGGAGACCAAUGGCAUCUUUCAAACUCUUUGCGCGAUGGUUGAUUGAUCAUGGAGUUGAUAUCAUUCAUGGGCAUAGUGCCCAUCAUAUUCAAGGUGUUGAGGUUUAUAAAGGACGACCGAUAUUGUACAGUGCUGGGGACUUUCUGGAUGAUUACGCCGUCGACAAGCAUUAUCGAAAUGACACAUCCUUUGCGUUCUUCCUGUCGCUUUCUUUUGACCCUGUAUCCCGAAAACCAAAUUUCCAGCAUCUCGAUCUUUAUCCUACCAAAAUUCAAUCUAUGCACGUUGCUUACUGUGACGAUGUAGAUGAACGACGGGUUUUGUGUGAUAGGAUGAAAGCACUUUCUUUCGAAAUGGGUACUGUUGUCGAGGACAUUGAUUUUGUCAAGGGGGAACAAGGCUUACGAGUUGGCGGAUUUGGGGAUAAAGAAGGCAAGGGCUGA